AUCCAUCUUUCGACCCAAACGCUGCCAUUCGGACCGUGAACUCUAGGGUUUAAACAAUUCCCCCAAGUGCGUUAAAUCUUUAGCUCCAGAUUUUUGGUUCUGCCUUCAGAUUCUCCGCAGUUUUGGUUGUGUAACCUCUCUUUUUAUUUUUUCGCAUUCAGUCAUUAGGCUCUCAGUUCCUUCAGAUUUCAUGGCUGGCAACAACCCCGCUUCUGCCAUAGAAAAAGAGCAGAUCUUUGGACUGGCGGAGAAGGAGAUGGAGUACCGAGUAGAUUUGUUUAACAAGCUUACCCAGACAUGUUUCAGCAAAUGCAUUGAGAACAAAUACAAGGAAUCUGAGUUGAACAUGGGUGAAAAUAGUUGCAUCGAUAGGUGCGUUUCAAAAUAUUGGCAGGUGACUAACCUGGUCGGGCAGCUGCUGGGUUCCAAUCGGCCUCCGAUGUGAAGCAAUUUGGCAUAUAAAGAUAUUGAACAGGACACACCACAUCCACAUGGUCUUGUCUUGUGGAUGAUGAUGGACCUAAUUACCCACAUCCACAUGGUCGAGUGGCACUAUAGACAGCAAAAUUCGGACAUUCAAAAGUGAUGGCUUUUACUUUUUUUGGCUCAUGUCUUUAUUAUGCUGGCUGGAUCUCUGCAAAACAUUCCAAAUUAUCUGAUUUCUGAGUAAUUUUACUGCCUUUUUUGUGACAAUGAUGGUUAAGGUAGGACUUCUUGUCCUCGAUUUGCGGGGAAAGAAAAUUAGAAUAAAUCAAUAUCAAAAUGUUUACUAUAA